GGGCGGACCCCGCCAAGAUGCCCCGGCGGCUCCUGGUGUCGCCGGGGGGGCGGGGGGCAGCGCUGGCCGGAGUCGGGCAGGGGGUGCCCGCCGCGGCACCCGCUCGCUCCUAGCGCCCCAGACCUGCCGCCCGGGCUUGGGCCCUCCUUGCCGCCGUCCCGCCCGCCGUCCCCGCCCCUCCACCCUUUGUGCAGCCGCCGCCCGGUGCCCCGGGCUCUGCAGGACCCCAGCCGGACCAGACCGCGGCAGCGAGCCAGCCCCCUGUGGGCGCCAGGCCGACGGCCGAUGGCGAGGGGGCGCGGCGCGGGCGGGGGCACUGCAGCCCGAGUCCGCGACGCGGGAGGCUCGGCCCGCCUCCGCCGCAUUGUCCCGGGCCCCGCGCCCCGGCCCUGAGCCGCGCCGCCGCAGCGCCCAAUUGCAGCCCGCCGCCUGCGGGGCCAUGCGGAGGGCCGCCAGGAUGGAGGACUUCACCGCAGAGGAAGAGGAGCCCUGGUACGACCAGCAGGACCUGGAGCAGGACUUGCACUUAGCUGCGGAGCUGGGGAAGACGCUGCUGGAGAGGAACAAGGAGCUGGAGCAGUCUCUGCAGCAGAUGUACUCCACCAACGAGGAGCAGGUGCAGGAGAUUGAGUACCUGACCAAACAGCUGGACACGCUGCGGCACGUGAACGAUCAGCACGCCAAAGUGUACGAACAGCUGGACCUGGCGGCCCGAGACCUGGAGCUGACCAACCAGAAGCUGGUGCUGGAGAGUAAGGCUGCCCAGCAGAAGAUCCAUGGGCUGACAGAGACCAUCGAGCGCCUGCAGACCCAGGUGGAGGAGCUGCAGGCCCAGGUGGAGCAGCUGCGGGACCUGGAGCAACUGCGAGUGCGGCGGGAGAAGCGAGAGCGCCGGCGCACCAUCCACACCUUCCCCUGCCUCAAGGAGCUGUGCACCAGCCCCCGGUGCGAGGAUGCCUUCCGCCUGCACAGUUCCUCCCUGGAGCUGGGCCCGCGGCCGCUGGAGCAGGAGAACGAGCGGCUGCAGACCUUGGUGGGAGUGCUGCGCUCCCAGGUGAGCCAGGAGCGACAGCGCCAGCAGCGGGCUGAGCACGAGUACGCGGCGGUGCUGCAGGAGUACUCAGAGCUGGAGCGGCGGAUGUGCGAGAUGGAGGGCUGCCGCCUCCGCGUGCAGGAGCUGGAGGCCGAGCUGCUGGAGCUGCAGCAGAUGAAGCAGGCGAAGACCUACCUGCUGGGCCGGGAGGACCACCUGGCCGAGGCCCUGCUGGCGCCCCUCACCCAGGCGCCUGAAGCCGACGACCCCCAGCCGGGCAGCGGGGACAACUCGGGCACCCAGGACGGGGUCUCCUCUCCGGCCGCGUCCCCAGGCCACACCGUGCGCAAGAGCUGCAGUGACACGGCCCUCAACGCCAUCGUGGCCAAAGACCCGGCCGGCCGGCACGUGGGCAACCUCACGCUGCACGCCAACAGCGUGCGCAAGCGGGGCAUGUCCAUCCUGCGCGAGGUGGAUGAGCAGUACCACGCGCUGCUGGAGAAGUACGAGGAGCUGCUGAGCAAGUGCCGGCAGCACGGGGCGGGGGUGCGGCACGCGGGCGUGCAGACCUCGCGGCCCAUCUCCCGGGACAGCUCGUGGAAGGACCUGCGGGGCAGCGAGGAGGGCCAGGGGGAGGCCAAGGCGGGCGAGAAGAGCCUGAGCCAGCACGUGGAGGCCGUGGACAAGCGGCUGGAGCAGAGCCAGCCCGAGUACAAGGCGCUCUUCAAGGAGAUCUUCUCCAGGAUCCAGAAGACCAAGGCCGACAUCAACGCCACCAAAGUCAAGACGCACAGCAGCAAGUGAAGGCUCCCCGGCCAGUGGCCUCCCCCAGGGUCAGGCCGUGGGGUCCCUCUUACCUGGGCUGUGCAGCCUCUGGUGAGAGAGGGAGCCCUUCAGCAGCAAUACACCGCAGAGGGAGGCUGCUCUCUGACCCAGGGAGCAUGCGGGGGACACCCGUUCCCUGCUGACGGGGGAGGCUGUCAACACCUCUUGCCUCCCAGGACCCUCCACCACCCCGCGCCAGCCCAAAGGCGCAGCCGAGAGUCUGCAAGCCAAAUGUCCCCACUGCCCGCUCUCCCAGCCCCCACUCCCCGCUCUCCCAGCCCCCACUCCCUGACCCUGGGCCUUGCUCUCAGAUUUGUGGCCAGGCUUCUAGAAGCCAUUCUGGACCAGUUGGCUUUCUUUUUUCAAAGUUCUAUUAUUUUUAUUUUUUUGAGAGAUUUUUUUUUGCAAGGCAGGGUCUCCCUGACCCCUCGCCACAACUGAAAACACUUGAAGGGGGACCCCAGAGCCAGCUGUUGCAGGUUCCAGGGGUCUCCUGGACCACCCACUGCUUCUCCAGCUGUGACACACUGUUAUUCCCUUAGCACCAGCUGUCCCACCUCGAGGGUCCUGACCAGGUCAGAGACGGCCCCUGCCAUGCAGAGCAGAAAGCCUGAGCCAGGCCCGAGUGGCCCGACUCCAGCCCUGGUGAGGGCGGGCUUCUCCCUGGAGGUCCUCAGCCCACUGCAGAUCUGUAGCCAAUCAACUCAGAGCCAGCCUCCCCGGGUUCCAGCCCUGGAAAUGCCUUCUGGGUAUCAAGCCUUCCAGGGGUCUGGGCAGUGGGAGCCCCCUCUCUCUGCAUGCCUCCUCUGACUCACCGAGCUUGGCCUCUGCCUGUUCCCAUCUCAGGGACCAUGAUGUGUCUCAUUCACUCCCCUGCUCCCCCCAGGCCCACCCCACCGCAGGUCAUGCCUGCCACCCCCAGAAUGUCCUGGAUGUGUGCCACCAGCCCAUGGUCCCAGCAUCCUCCCCUGCCCCCCUUUACUGGGGCCUGCCCAAGAGUCUCACCCCACACUGGGCAGUAUUGAAAUGGGACCAGAUGGGGAACAUGUCUCCUCCUUCCCAUACAAUGCCUGCUUUUGAGGACCCAGCUGGGUCAGGGGUUUAAUCUUUUGUUAAGGCUUCAGAAGGUACAGCUUCAGCUAAGAGCUUCAGCUAAGAGAUGCCCAGGUCCCCCGUUUGCCCUGAGAAAUUCUUCAGGGCUCCCAGUUCCUUCUUCUUGAGACCCUAGAAAUCAGAGGAGCCAUACAACGCAGUGGAAGUCAGUAGCCCCGGCCUCUGUGCUGGGAGCCCAGUGGGGAGCCUUCAUGCCUUAUUUGUUUCUAAGGGGUAAAGGGGUUUUCUUAACAAGCCUGCCCAACCUCCCUGGAGGCGCCACCCUGCUUUCCAGGCGGCACUGUGAUGAGAGUUGUCAGCUGGUCCUUCCAUUCACACAUCUUGGAACCUUUGGUCCGUUGGAGCUGGGCAGCUCCCAGCCAUCCGUGUGUCUCUGGCACCUAGGGUGGAGGGGGUGGGGUGGGAUGGGAUGGGUGGGGGAAGGGCUUCUGCCUGUUUGCUCCCCGGUUCUGUAGCUGCUGACCAGCGUCAUCUUCGAAGUAUACAUGAGAGAAAUAUAUUUACAAAUGCUUUAUUCUCUUCUUUAAUAAAAAACGCACCAGUAAUCUAAA